GUUUGACAGGUCAGCCUCGAGCCUCUUUUUAGCUUCUCGAGUAGCGUAUUUUCAUUUUAUUUUAUGUUAUCAUUUUAUUUACGCGUAAUAUUUAAUAUGUAUGUAGUAGUUAUGGUAGUGUAGUUUGUAUUUUAGACUUUUUCUAAGUGCACUUACAGUGUUACAUAAACAGUACGUCGCCAAUCGUGUCGGCAAGCCGUAUGUAUAUACCUAGGCGAUACGUCAGUGAAUGAAUGUUGGCUCUAGAUAAUGGAUGUUGAUGCACCUAACAUAUUGAAAAGGAGCAGCAGCGCACCUCUGAUCAAUGAGGCAGCGUCCACGGCAGUCACUUCACCCACAACGAAUACAGCUCCCAGGAGUACAUCAUUCUUCAGUAUGUUCUCUAACAACAACCUGUCGCGUACGCGUCGGCAUAGCGGCAGCUCCAGUCCAAUCACUGCACCUAACAAUUUGUCCAGCGUAUGGGGUCGGCGGAUGACGCCGCGCGUGAGCCAACUGCGCGCAGAGGAAUGUGCGGACGUGAGCAACACACGUGAGGUGGCGCACGAGCGCGAGGUGCACUGUGCCAUGCAGAUGGGCCAGUCCUGCGAGGACCUCGCUCUCGCAGCCGGUGCGGGCGCCGCACACUCGCCCACACGACUCGCCAGAUUUUCUCCGGUAGUGUCACCAUCUCCGACGCGGAAGUACACGACGCGGCGGAGUUUGUCCCCGAUAGCAAUCCGCGCGGCGACUCUCAGCCCGGUGAGCAGGCCCAGCGCGCUCGGCGGUGCCGGCGGUGGCAAGAGGCGCUGGGAUGAGGGCGACUCGCCGCUGCCGAAGCGCAUGUGCACGGACAGGCUGACGCCCUCCACACCCGGCACCCCUGACUCCGACCUCGAGUGCACCUUCAGGCCGGUGUCCCCGCGACACCAGCCCAUGCACGAGGCGCAGGACCCCGACGCGCACAAGGCCACUCCCAGCUAAUAGUAUGUAUGCAACAUGUCGCGUCUGAUAUGCAAGGCUGUGGAGUUUGUUAUAUUUGUUCAUGUCCAGUACAUUGUUGUUUCGUUACUUUCGACGCUAAACAAAUUUAAUUGUUUUGACCAUUGAUUACUAAUCUUAUAGGAAUUUCUUCAUGUAAUCAAAGGUAUAAUCUCUCCCUAUUCGACAUGUUUAUGUAUUAUAGCUUAGGGGAGGUCUUUGUAAAUGACAGAACUAUCUGCAUUUUUGUCAAUAUUUUUAACUUUUUGUUAGAAUUGCGUGCAUCGGUUUAUUUCCUCUGAAUAGUUUACAUUGUUCAUAUGUUUUAUUAUUCUUUAUUAAAUCUCAUUUUGAAUACAAGACAUUUCAUAUUACAUUUGAAUUAACAAAAAUUCAUAAAUAAUAUUUUAGUAUAUUUUUAAAGAUAAAUGUGGGCUUCCAUAAUAUUGUUACUAUUAACUUUAUUUAAAACGUGACGUCAUCACUUCGUUUUGAAAUGGCUUAAGUUCGUAUUGGUAUGUCGAAUGUUUGUUAUUUUCAUGUCCCGUAGCCUUUUGUUAACCAAAUACAGAUGACGCCUCGAUUGAAGCGCUUUGGGGUCGUGAGGCCCGAUAGUUUUAGUGAGCCAUUGUGAACCUUAUAUCAUUGCAAUAGGGUUCACGUAGUUUCGGUGCAUUCGUGUAGUCUACGACAUUUAGUUCCUAGUAGAACUUGAGUAACGUAGCGUAGUGAGGAGCGAGUGCCCCGUUGAUAGCCAAAGCAUGGAAAACUUUAUAAUGUAAAUAUAUUUAGUAGCGUUCUCUUGUAUUGAACGUGUUAUUGUAUAUAGACGUAGAUUAAGAACAAUUGUAGCCAUUAAUUUAAUUAUCUUCACGUGUUCAUUGCAGUCCCGAUUGUAAAUUGUUUUAUAAUCACAUAUUACUUGCCACUAUUUGACAAUAGAAUGUUUAAAGAUACAGGGAUUUAUGGUUUUUAUUUUUUCAUGUGGCAACACUUAAUAAGUUUGAAAAGCAAAUUGUCUACUCUGCCUGGUGAAAUUCUAUCUUUAUUUUGGUCAUCUUGGAUAUUUCCAUAUAUAAAAUGUUUGGUAUUAGUUACCAAAACUAACUGAAGUGUUGCCGCAUUACAUUUGUUUGAUUUGAUUUUGAAAUUUUAUUCAUUGUAUCAUAUUCAUAAUAAUCGAAAUUAUUGUAGAUUUCAUAAGAAUGAUAAAUAAUACAAAAAGAAAUAAAUUUCCUGGGGUUACUGUACCACCUAAUCAUAGCCAAAGGGUAACCAUGAUAAACACUUCAUUUAAUUUCUUUUGUUUAGAUUUUUUUGAAACAAAUCUUUCAUUAUUUAGUAUGCUAAGUAGCUUGCCAUUAAAAUUGUGUUUAAUUGUUGGUUUCUGAGACCUAAAUCUGCAUAUAAAACGUAUUAUCUCUUUCAUUAUCUUUGGCAAAGUGGAGAUAACAUUAUGUUUUGUAGAGGGAUAUUGGUCUCAGAACCAAUAAGUCAUGUUGAUAUGUGUUUAAAUCGAGUUAUUUUGUAUGUUUUCUGCAAGACUUAUCAGUUAUCCAACACUUUAAUAGAUUUAAAGUCUUUUAUUCUUUGUCAGACUAAUUGAGUAGAUAUUCAACUUUAUUCAAACAAUUUAACAUAAAUUUGCUUUACACAAAUCAGGCAUAGGUGAUUUGUUCUUGUCUUUGUUGUUUCUAAUAGUUUUUAUUAAAUCAACAAUUGUUUUUGAUUCAUCAUAUAUUAACUUCAUAUUUUGAAAUUACUGAUUUUGGUAUUUGGAAUGAAAAAUUAAAUGAAUGAAAAGAAAUUUGUUUUCGAUUGUAAAACGUUAUUCUGAAUAUUUUCAAAUAGUAUGGUGCCAAUUUAGAAAUUAUCUUUGAAAUUGUAAAACGACAUAUUUUUUGUGACUGGCAAAAAAAAAAAAAAACUAUCUUUUGACAAUGAAAAAGCUACCUCAAUACAUAUGUAUUGUCUUAAUUGUAUAUUUAUUAUUCUUAUGUCGGUAAUAAUAUCAAAAUAUAUAUAAUAUAUAUCGUAUUGUACGCAUUGUGAUGAAUUUGUAUGUUAUUAUGUAAAUGUCGGCGACUUGUUGGGUUUAAAAUAACCCAAAUGGAAGUUUAGGGUUUUGUAUUACCUCAGAUACACUGAUGUGUGAGCUGUUAUAUCGCAUUUGUUUUAUUAUAAUUUGUACAUAAUGUAAAGGUGAAUGUAUGAGGAUGCCGGUUGGGCCUAGUUCUUGUGAUCUUACUUAUAUUUUGUAUAAUUCGAGAUAAAGUGAAUAUGACUUCAAUAUAUCUAUAUGAUACAUGUAAUUGUAAGAUGCCACAAGUUAGGAUGUGCUCAAUAAGUGUAAAUGAUUUUUCUCUAUAAGUAUAGUUGUAUUCAUUUACUUUUAUAGCAGUUGUCAGUGAUAUUGUAUUCACUUUAGAGGUCUCGCUCCACCCACCCUGGUAAGGUCCGCAGAGCUAAGCCCAGUGGGCAGUGUAGUACAUUGCCGCUACCUACGUACCUAUAUGUAGUGUAGGUAUUCUUUUGUAAGUAUGGUCGGAGGCCCCUCAAUAUCGCUUCUGGAAUUACCAUUUUGUUUUAAAAGUGUGAUUAAAUCACAUUACGACGUAA